UACCCGCACAGUGCGCGCCCCCGCGGCCCCCGCCCCUACUGUUUGUCACCGACAGCGCGGCAAAGAGACUGCAAGAGACGGCUGGCGAGAGACGGCCGGACACCACCGGGGAGAAGGGUAUAGAGAGCAGGAGAGUCCAGAAAGACAGCCGCAGGAGAGCUGUACAGUCUGAGUGAGCGGGAGGGAAUUAGACUGCUCCACGGACACUGUGACAGGGACACACUGAGAGACAGACAGACAGACAGACAGCUACAGAUAUAGACAGACAGACAGCCCGCCACAAUGAACCCGAGCUGUGCCCGGUGCACGAAGAUCGUCUAUCCAACCGAGAAAGUCAACUGUCUGGACAAGUACUGGCAUAAAGCAUGCUUCUCCUGCGAGACCUGCAAAAUGACUCUGAACAUGAAGAACUACAAGGGAUAUGACAAGAAGCCGUACUGCAGCGCGCAUUACCCCAAGCAGUCUUUCACCAUGGUGGCUGACACACCAGAAAAUCUCCGUUUGAAGCAGCAGAGUGAAUUGCAGAGCCAGAUUCGUUACAAGGAGGACUUUGAAAAGAAUAAGGGCAAGGGAUUCAGUGUUGUUGCCGACACUCCUGAACUCCAGAGAAUUAAGAAAACUCAGGACCAGAUCAGUAAUAUAAAAUAUCAUGAAGAGUUUGAUAAGAGUCGGAUGGGGAACCCAAUGAUUGAGGGGGCAGAUAUGGAUCGUAGAGGGUCUGACGAUGGUGCCAAUUACCGCAGAACUCCAUCAGAGAGCAUUCCUCAUCACCCACCCCCUGCCAGCAGUUCAAGCUAUCAACCGCAACCGCCGCAGCAGCACCAGCCGCAAGCCAAAUAUGGCUACCAGGAACCAGUGGUCCCAGUGUCCACCCAGCGCAGUACCCCUGCAGGAGGGAAGCGUUUCCGUGCAGUGUAUGAUUACAAUGCAGCUGAUGAAGAUGAAGUGUCCUUUCAAGAUGGCGAUACAAUUGUCAAUGUGCAGCAGAUUGAUGAAGGUUGGAUGUAUGGGACCGUGGAACGCACAGGGGAUACAGGCAUGCUUCCUGCAAAUUAUGUGGAAUCCAUCUGAUCAGGAGAUCUCACCUCAUUUUCUCCUUUCCAAAAAUCAUGAAGCAUUCCAGUGCAGCCCUCUCCCAUGUAGCUUCUGAAGGGGUGGGCUUCACCUCGCCCUCUAUUCCAGCAUUCUCUUGACUCUUCUGCCUCCCUCCUAGAUGCAGAAGGAAUAAUUUACCUCUUGCUUCAUCCUUAAACUCUUGAGGAAGUAUAUUGGGGUGGAAUCCCACUCCCCACAUUUUCCUCCUUUCAUGUCUUAUUGACUUCUGUGUAUGCGCUUUGCACUGGUUUAAUUUAGGUUUUUUUUUGUUUGUUUUGUUUUUUUAUAGAUUUUAAGGAGUGGGAUCCCUUAUCUCCAACAAUUACAUUCAAGAAAAUCAUUGCCCUUUCUCAAAUUAAAAUUAACCCAGAAUAAAGAUUAAAGAAGCAUACCAUGGCAGCAAUAGAACUGCUCGCUUCACUGUCUAAUACUGUUUUCAUUUGUAAGGGGUUUAAUACUAGUACCAUUUUUGGUUACUCUUUUGGUGUAAAUAGCCAAUGUUCCAUUUUCUGUCAUGAACCUUCAGAUUCAUGAAGUAGCAGCUAGUCAGUGAUACCUUGAAAUAAUUGUUUGGGAUUCUUAAUGCAUACAUUUCCUCAACUUAACAUUUAUUUUGUGGUAUCACUUCCUGCAAAGAAAUUGUCCCCCUUCACUGAUAUUGACCAUUCAAUCAUAUGUUCUUGGCACCGCUAUGUGAAGGCCAUUUCAACAAAGGAUUAUUUAGGAACAUUGAAAGUUACACCUACAGAUUAAAGAAAAUAGGUGUAAGUGGACGAAGACCGUGCCGACACAGAAAGGGUUAUGAGGCCAUUUGUUUUCUUGUUUUAGUUUUUUACAGAAGUCAUGUUUGUGAUGUUUGACUACAAAUUAAAUGAUGGGUGCAAGAAAGCAGAGAACCCAUCUAAUUGGGGUCUAAAGAGUCUUCGUAAAUCUAUUUAGAUUUUAAUUUAGAUGCUCAUUUCUGUACAGUUCACAACCCUUCUGUUGUCAGGCUAGGGCUCGUCACAAAAUAUCCUUUUGCUGCAAGAAAAUGUGCUAUUCAGUUGUCUAAAGUUUAAAACAAAAAAAAAAAUAGAACUAUAUAUAGUCUAGUUAAACAGCAUGAGAGAUUUAAUUAUAAUAUUUUUACAUUGAAGAUUCACUCCCCCCAAUAUAUUUUAUAUAUAUAUAUAUAUAUAUGUGUGUGUAUAUUUUCCCCAUUUUGUUAUAUAGCAAAACAUCAACAACAGACUUUAAGGAUUUAAACAAGGGACGGUUUGUGUAUGGUUAUCAAGUAAAGGUGGUGUGUUGAACAAAUAGGGGGCACAUUAACGGUUUACUUAGUGCAUUUAAAUUUGUGUCCCUCAACGCUCUAUUUUUGUCCCCAACUGCUGUUGUAGAUCUCAUGGUCCGUAACAUUUUACAAUCUUUAGUUUAGAUACACGGGACAUUUUUCUUUUCAUUGUUUGGUGGUUUUGUUUGUUUUUUGGUUUUUUUUUUGUGUGUGGUUUUGUUUUCUUAAGUGUUGUUUUGAUGACUUACGGUCCAUUUUUUUUGGCAUUGCAUACAGGCUAAUCUGACAUGGUGCUCCCUUUAAUAAUGCAAGCUUUUUGCCUUCUCCAUUUAUUUAAACUGUGCCAACAUUUUGUUGUGCAAAUAACUGUCAUCAGAGAGAGUUACUAAGUAGCUUUUAGGGGAAUUGCAGAAGCCAUUUUAGUUUUCAUGCGGUUUUGGAGAGUCAGACAUUUUUUUGCUUGAGAUACUUUAGAUAAUAAAUGGUCGUCAGUAAAGUGCCAAUGUAGCCACAGACCCUCACAAACAUCUUGAGCCAAAUUUCUGCUCACUUUUCUAAUUUUAUUUAAUUUUAAUUGCCUUACAGAAAAUAUGAAAGGUUGAGCAAUGCCUAUACAUAAAUAGUUUUUAUAUAAAAUAGCACACUGAGAUACGAUUACAUACAUACGUGAAGGUUAGAAGAAGACACCCGCAUUUUAGAUAAAGCAAAUAAUUAGAACAGCAGGGAAUGACAAAAAUAAAUUAAAACUGUAUUCUGUUAGGGUGGUAACGCCACAUAGCUAUAACUGAAAUUAUAGAUUUUAACAUUAAAAAAAAAUGCACGUGACAAUGAACUAAUGGCAGCCACUUCUCUGUGAUGAAUUUCAUGCCUAGCUAUAGCAAUAAAAGUAAAAUAGAUACAUUCUGUAAGACUUGUGUACAUACACAUCUCUAAAUGUGCUCUUUUAUAUAUAAUCAACUUUAUGUUUAAGCUUUACUGUCCUUUUAAAUGUGUGUUUUGUGUGAGGAUAGUGUGGAAUAGCCUAUUAAUAAGGAUGAUAAAAUAGUAUGUUUAAAUAUUAAUACAUUUAAAACAUGGCCUUUAUUCUUAUAGUGUCAUUUCCAGUUUCUUAUGGGUAUCAUAUUGUAUUGAAUUUAGUUUGCCCCAUUGUGGUUUGACUGAAAUAAAAGCUGCCAUGUUUGAGGCUUCAGUGCAUAUUACACAGUCCUCAACACACAUGAAUUGUCAUUUUCUUUGCAACAAGACUUAUUGCAGAACUGCUUCUAAUGUUAAGGAUAGGGAAAGAAAGGAUUUGGUGGUUAUCAAGCACAAAUUUUUGCAAUACCACAUUUUGCAGCAUGUUUCAAAGCACAAUUACUGGAGAAAAACCAACUGGAACAGUGAAUAUUGGGAGAUCAUAAUACUGUAAAAAUAUAACAUUCCUUUUUCACAUCGGCAUUGGACUGCCGUAGAAGGACCAAAUUGGUUGGUCUACUAAAUUUGACAUCACCUUUUCUGUUUUAGGAUUUGCCUGAAUGUUAUCUCUGAAUAAACACAAGGCAAGGGUGAGACAGUGAAUUCUACUUUAGACAUUUUCAUAGGACCAAGUAAAAGUUUAAAAAUGUUGGCACUUUCCCAAGCCAACCUUACUGGACCAAAUUAUUUUUAUCUUAAAUAAAUGCACUCUUGCUUAGGGAAGUGUGGACCCACAGUUGCAUACAUUCCACUCCCUACCCCAGACACUUUUUGUAUUGUGUACUGAUCAAAUCAUUUUUCACACACUUUUAAGUUGUGCUAUGUUUUUUGGUUCGUUUGAUUUUUUUUUUGAAUUUUUUUUUUUACCUUUCUGUAUCACCCCCCCACCCCUAGCUGGGAAGCCUUUGUAUUGAAUUGCUUGGGCCUAUAAUCAACAAGUAAAAAAAAUUACAAAAAAAUCAUGAUUUAAAAAGUCAAUCAUGUUGCUACCAAGAAAAGCUUUCUCGGUUUACUCAGAUUAAAAAAACAAACAAAAAUAAAGGUAUCAUUUUUA